CUAGUGUCUGGAUAAAGAAAGACUAGGUCAGCCAUGUGGAUGCGUCUGCUGAACAGCUGAAGAAGAAGAGGAGGAGAAGAAGGAGGGGGUUCUAAAGAAAGAGAGUGAGAUAGAGAGAGCGAACGUGCUGUGUGUGCAUAUGAAAGAAAGCGCGAGGAGAGAGCGAGGGAGCGCGUGAGUGUGCGCGCGCGUGUGUGAAAAAGGAAGCGGAGUCUGUAAACGCCGAACUCACUGAUUUUCUACCCUCCACAAACUCAAGCUUUCGGAGUUAUCACAAGGCGAAAAGGAGGAGGGGGAACCGCAUGCGUUCAGAAAACGAGUCCCCGGGCGGUCCGAAUGCGAAUAAAUUAGUAAAGCGAGGUCGUCUUUUGUUGAGGCAUUUGCCCCGUUUCUCCUCUGUAUGGACAGCGGCUCUCUCAGGAUAAAGUAUCUGCGUGAUAGUGCUCAUCCCUUGGCUUCUUGGAUUUUGGUCCAGGCCGAGAAGUUCGGCAGGGCCAUUUUCAACGAACGGACGUGGAAUUGUGUUUGAAGUUGUUUGCAGCAGCCCGAUAGGAACUUAGAUCAUCAUACUGGCGGCUCUUCUGAAACACUGGGGUUGUUGGUGUGGCCAAAUUUUCCCUGGAUUUGAUUGGUAAAUUCAGAAGACUGAAGCCCAGGCUCACAGUCUACCUUUCACGGAGGCCCAGCCGUGAGAGGACAGAAGAAGGCACGUGGCGAAUCAUGACUGCCGACAAAGAGAAAGACAAGGAGAGGGAGCGGGACAGGGACAGAGAACGUGAAAAGCGUGACAAAACACGUGAAAGCGAGAGCUCGCGGCCUCGGCGCAGUUGCACACUAGAGGGCGGAGCUAAGAACUAUGCAGAGAGCGAACACAGUGAAGACGACGACAAUGAGACGCCUGGGGCCGCCACCGCCGAGGAGGCCACCAAAAAGAGCAAGAAAAAGCUGCCCAAGAGGAAGUCGCGCUAUGAGCGAACGGAGAACGGCGAGAUCACUUCCUUCAUUACGGAGGAUGAUAUUGUUUAUAGACCUGGCGAUUGUGUGUACAUAGAGAGCCGACGGCCUAACACACCCUAUUUCAUCUGUAGCAUUCAGGACUUCAAGCUGAGUAAACGGGACCAUCUGUUAAUGAAUGUGAAAUGGUACUACCGUCAAUCUGAGGUACCUGACUCCGUCUACCAGCACCUGGUGCAGGACCGCAACAAUGAGAACGACUCUGGUCGCGAGCUUGUUAUUACUGAUCCUGUGGUUAAGAGCAGAGAGCUCUUCAUCUCAGACUAUGUGGACACCUAUCAUGCUGCUGCCCUCAGGGGGAAAUGUAACAUUUCACACUUUUCUGACAUAUUUGCUGCCAGGGAGUUCAAAGCACGAAUCGACUCUUUCUUCUACAUCUUAGGAUAUAACCCAGAAACCAGAGAUCUGUUUGAGUUAUCAUGUGGAGUGAAACCAGAGGCAGGACCUCUGCCCAAGGCCAGGCUGCCAGAGCUCCAGCCCUUUCCCUCUCCUGGAGGUCAGACCGUGACAGAGAAUGAGGAGCUGGUCUGGAUGCCUGGGGUCAACGACUGUGACCUGCUCAUGUACCUGCGGGCAGCCAGGAGCAUGGCAGCGUUUGCAGGGAUGUGUGAUGGGGGGUCAACAGAGGACGGCUGCCUCGCCGCCUCACGAGACGACACUACACUUAACGCAUUAAACACUCUUCAUGAGAGCAGCUAUGAUGCCGGGAAAGCCCUGCAGCGGCUGGUGAAGAAACCAGUCCCCAAGCUGAUUGAGAAGUGCUGGUCAGAGGAUGAAGUGAAACGGUUCAUAAAAGGUUUAAGGCAGUACGGGAAAAACUUUUUUAGGAUUCGGAAAGAAUUGCUCCCUAACAAGGAGACGCUCAGUACAGCUACACACCUGGGGUGUAUUCCAGAAAGCACGGUUAACUUACCGUCACGCCAAAGCUCGCGGAUCAAGACCCGCACUGCCUCCACUCCCGUCAACACUCCCUCCCGCCCACCUUCCAGCGAGUUCUUGGACUUGAGUUCAGCCAGCGAAGAUGACUUUGACAGUGAAGACAGCGAGCAGGAACUGAAGGGCUACGCCUGCCGUCACUGUUUUACUACCACCUCCAAGGACUGGCACCACGGGGGUCGCGAGAACAUCCUGCUGUGCACCGACUGCCGGAUCCAUUUUAAGAAGUACGGCGAACUACCCCCUAUUGAGAAGCCUGUAGACCCGCCACCGUUUAUGUUCAAACCUGUCAAAGAGGAAGACGAUGGACUCAGUGGGAAGCAUAGCAUGAGGACUCGACGGAAUCGCGGCUCAAUGUCAACGCUACGAAGUGGCCGCAAGAAGCAAACUGCCAGCCCAGAUGGCAGAGCCUCACCAACCAAUGAGGAUCUGCGGUCCAGCGGGCGAACCUCACCCAGUGCGGCCAGCACUUCCAGCACUGACAGCAAGAUUGACUCGAUGAAGAAACCCAGCAAGAAAACAAAGGAAGAGGCGCAAUCGCCUAUGAAGAGUGCCAAACGUCAGAGAGAGAAAGGAGCCUCGGAUACAGAGGAGUCCGAGAGAGCAAGCGCCAAGAAGUCUAAAACGCAGGAACGGCCGGACUCGCCCUCAGAGUGUGAGGGAGAGGGCGAGGGUGAGAGCUCGGAUGGUCGCAGCGUAAAUGACGAGGGCAGCAGCGAUCCCAAGGAUAUUGACCAGGACAACCGCAGCUCCUCUCCCAGCAUCCCCAGCCCGCGUGACAAUGAGAGUGACUCCGACUCCUCGGCGCAGCAGCAGAUCCUCCAGGGCCAGCACCCUCCAGUCAUCCAGUGUCAGACAGGUGCUUUACCCCCGGCCCCUCCUUCUGCUGUCGCAACCUCCACACCACCCACCUCAGGCGCGCCUUCGCUGUCUUCUCAGCCGUCCCCAUCCAUCCCCCCUACCUCCAUGCCUCCUCAGCAGAUACCUCCAGCAGGUCCCCUGUCUCUUAUCCAGUCAGGAGCGCAGAGGCUGCCCUCACCUCAUUCCCCACUGCAAGGCCUGCCUCAACCGCCUCCACCCUCUCAAACCGGCCCUCAGUCCCUGCAGCCUCCACUACAUGGCCCCAUGCCGCCCAUGGGCCACCCUCUGCAGGCAGGGCCAUCACACAUGCCUCACCCUCACGCUUUACCCGCUCAGUCUUUCCCAAUAGGUCAGUCUCAGGUCCCCCCUUCAGCUCUCACCGGUCAGGCCCAAUCCACCUCCCUGUCUAAACAACAGCGACCUCGUACCCCUCCAUCCCAGUCGCAGUCCUCCUCGCAGAGCGGCAGCCAGCCUCCCAGAGAGCAGCCUCUUCCGCCCGCACCAUUGCCUAUGCCCCACAUCAAACCUCCACCAACCACCCCCAUCCCACAAAUGCCAAACCCUCAAUCACACAAGCAUCCCAGCCACCCCCCAUUCCCGCAGAUGCCUUCCAACUUGCCCCCUCCGCCAGCCUUGAAGCCCCUCAGCUCUCUAUCCACACAUCACCCUCCCUCCGCCCAUCCGCCACCACUUCAGCUCAUGUCUCAAAACCAGCAGCUCCAGCCUCCACCAGUGCAACCUCCAGUGCUAACCCAAUCCCAAAACCUUCCGGCGACAGGAAGUCAAGCUCCACCGCCGGCACCUCCGCUCCCUUCCUCUUCCUCCGCCUCGCACUCAACGCCUUCUCAGCCCCCGUUCCCUCCUCAUGCCUUCAUGCCAGGCAGCUCGCCCGUCCUGUCACCCUCCGCCGUUUCCUCCUCUGCGGUGAGCUCAAUGGCUACGCUGCAGCAGCCACUCUCCUCCGUAUCCAUGCCCCUGCCUGCAUCAGUCACCGCACCCUGUCCGGGACCCUCCACUGUGCCACCUGUACAAAUUAAAGAAGAGCCUCUGGAUGAGGCAGAGGAGCCAGAGAGUCCUCCACCACCACAGAGGAGCCCUUCACCUCCACCCACCAUCGUCAACACUCCCAGUCACGCCAGCCAAUCUGCACGGUUCUACAAGCAUCUGGACAGAGGUUACAACACAUGUGCCAGAACAGACUUCUACUUCACACCACUGGCCUCGUCAAAACUGGCAAAGAAGCGGGAGGAGGCGCUGGAGAAGGCCAAGAGGGAAGCGGAGCAGAAAGCACGAGAAGAGAAAGAAAAGGAGAGGGAACGAGAAAAAGAAAGAGAGCGGGAACGGGAGAGAGAGAAGGAGGCUGAGAGAGCUGUUAAAGCUUCCAGUUCUUCUCAUGAGGGUCGAAUGGGUGAACCCCAGAUGGCGGGAUCGGCUCAUAUGCGGACAUCUUUUGAUCCACCACCCACCACCAUCGCCACUGUGCCCCCUUACAUCGGCCCUGACACACCCGCUCUGCGCCAGCUCAGCGAAUACGCUCGUCCCCACGUCAUGUCUCCCACCAACCGCAACCAUCCCUUCUUCGUCACGCUCAAUCCCACAGACCCUCUCCUGGCCUACCACAUGCCAGGCCUGUACAACACAGACCCCUGCAUGCGUGAGCGUGAGCUGCGGGAGCGAGAGAUACGGGAAAGGGAGAUCCGCGAGAGGGAGAUGAGAAUGGAGAGGAUGAAGCCGGGCUUCGAGGUCAAACCUCCAGAAUUGGACAGCCUGCAUCCUUCCGCCAACCCCAUGGAGCACUUUGCCCGACACGGGCCCAUUGGUCUCCCGCACAUGGCUGGCCCACAUCCAUUCGCCUCCUUCCACCCGGGCCUGAAUCCACUGGAGCGGGAACGGCUGGCACUGGCCGGGCCGCAGCUACGGCCUGAGAUGACGUACCCCGAACGGUUGGCCGAGAGGCUACACGUCGAGAGGAUGGCCGUGGCUAACGACAACAUCGCACGGCUCCAGAUGUUCAACAUGACGCCACACCACCAUCAGCACUCGCACAUCCAUUCACACCUACACCUGCACCAACAGGACCCACUGCACCAAGGUGGUGGUGAAUGUCUUGUGUGUCCCCCAGGUUCUGGGGCACAUCCGCUAGUAGACCCACUGGCCGGCGGACCGCACCUUGCCCGGUUCCCCUACCCGCCCGGAGCCAUCCCCAACCCCCUGCUCGGACAUCCCCCACAUGAACACGAGAUGCUCCGGCACCCUGUGUUCGGCGCUCCAUAUCCCAGAGAUCUCCCAGGUGGACUCCCACCACCCAUGUCAGCGGCUCACCAGCUGCAGGCCAUGCAUGCACAGUCUGCAGAGCUACAGAGAUUGGCCAUGGAGCAGCAGUGGCUACACGGUCAUCACCACAUGCACGGAGGCCCUCUGCCAGGACAGGAGGACUAUUACAGCCGGUUGAAGAAGGAAAGUGACAAGCAGCUGUGAUGUACCGCGGACUCCCAGAGCAUCAGCAGGACACAGGAGGUCACAGCAGAACAGUCACACACGGGAACUCCUAGGAACGUUUUCAGUUCGGUGGAGUGACGGGGGUUGUCUGAGGAACCUUCUUUCUGUUGUCAGCUUUCUUCACUAUUCCGGACUUUUUUUUAAGACAUUGUUUU